CCCGCCGUAAGUUCGGUUGAGCUGGAGGCGCGGGGGAGAACUAGGGAAAUUGGAAUUUCCCACGCAGCUGACGGCGCUCGCUCUCGUACUACUCGUUUUAAUUCCACGCGCUCCAAAAUAUCCGCCAUGGAGAAAUCUUGGCCAGAAUGUUCAGUCUAGGCCCGCUGGUGCUGUCUGGCUGAAGGCUGGGUCCCUCAUCUAAAGGGACUGUGGCAAGGGAGGGUGCGACACAGGUCUGAUCAACUGCCUGCAUCAUGAACUUUGAGGGUCUGGACCCUGGAUUGGCAGAGUAUGCUCCGGCUAUGCAUUCCACCCUGGACCCUGUCCUGGAUGCCCACCUGAACUCGAGUCUGCUACAGAAUGUGGAGCUGGACCCGGAGGGAGUAGCCCUGGAGGCUCUUCCUGUCCAGGAGUCGGUGCACAUAAUGGAAGGUGUCUACUCUGAGCUGCACAGCAUGGUGGCUGAAGUGGGCGUGCCCGUCUCCGUCUCUCACUUUGACUUGCAUGAGGAGAUGCUGUGGGUGGGGAGCCACGGGGGCCAUGCCACUUCAUUUUUCGGCCCAGCCUUGGAGCGCUACUCAUCCUUUCAAGUCAAUGGCAAUGACGACAUUCGACAGAUCCAGAGCCUAGAGAAUGGUAUUCUUUUUCUCACCAAGAACAACCUCAAGUAUAUGGCCCGUGGGGGCCUCAUUAUAUUUGAUUACCUGCUGGAUGAGAGUGAGGAUAUGCACAGCCUCCUGCUGACCGACAGCAGCACUCUCCUUGUUGGUGGGCUGCAGAGCCACAUAUUGGAGAUCGAUCUUAACACUGUCCAGGAGACUCAGAAGUAUGCAGUGGAGACACCUGGAGUCACCGUCAUGAGACAGACGAAUCGCUUCUUCUUCUGUGGCCACACAUCCGGCAAGAUUUCCCUGCGAGACCUCCGCACUUUUAAGGUGGAGCAUGAGUUCGACGCCUUCUCGGGGAGUCUGUCAGACUUUGACGUGCACGGCAACCUCCUGGCUGCCUGUGGCUUCUCCAGCCGCCUCACUGGCCUGGCCUGCGACCGGUUCCUUAAGGUGUACGACCUGCGCAUGAUGCGUGCCAUUACACCGCUUCAGGUCCAUGUGGAUCCCGCCUUCUUACGCUUCAUCCCCACGUAUACGUCUCGGCUCGCCAUCAUCUCUCAGUCGGGACAGUGCCAGUUUUGUGAACCCACCGGCCUGGCCAACCCAGCAGACAUCUUUCAUGUGAAUCCUGUGGGUCCUCUGCUAAUGACAUUUGAUGUGUCAGCCAGCAAGCAGGCCCUGGCCUUUGGGGAUUCUGAGGGCUGUGUGCACCUCUGGACUGACUCCCCUGAGCCUUCUUUCAACCCCUACUCCCGUGAGACUGAGUUUGCUUUGCCCUGUCUCGUGGACUCACUACCUCCUCUGGACUGGAGCCAGGACCUGCUGCCUCUUUCCCUCAUCCCUGUGCCACUCACUACCGACACACUUCUCUCUGAUUGGCCUGCUGCCAACUCCGCUCCAGCCCCCAGGCGAGCACCUCCCGUGGAUGCAGAGAUUCUGCGCACCAUGAAGAAAGUAGGCUUCAUUGGCUAUGCCCCCAACCCCCGCACCAGGCUACGUAAUCAGAUUCCUUACCGACUCAAGGAGUCGGACAGUGAAUUUGACACCUUCAGCCAGGUCCCCGAGUCACCAAUAGGGCGGGAAGAGGAGCCACAUCUGCACAUGGUUUCUAAGAAAUACCGCAAGGUGACCAUCAAAUAUUCCAAGCUGGGGCUGGAAGACUUUGACUUCAAACAUUACAACAAGACCCUGUUUGCUGGACUAGAGCCUCACAUCCCCAAUGCCUACUGUAACUGCAUGAUCCAGGUGCUCUACUUCCUGGAGCCUGUUCGCUGUCUCAUCCAGAACCACCUUUGCCAGAAGGAGUUCUGCCUGGCCUGUGAGCUGGGAUUCCUCUUCCACAUGCUGGACCUCUCUCGUGGCGACCCUUGCCAGGGCAGUAAUUUUCUUCGAGCAUUCCGUACCAUUCCUGAGGCCUCAGCCCUUGGUCUGAUCCUGGCUGACUCGGACGAGGCUUCCGGCAAGGGCAACCUGGCCAGGCUCAUUCAGAGGUGGAAUCGCUUCAUUCUCACCCAGCUGCAUCAGGAUAUGCAGGAGCUGGAAGUGCCCCAAGCUUACCGUGGUGCUGGAGGCAGCUAUGGGAUCAGCAGCUUUUGCUCAUCGGGGGACUCUAUCAUUGGGCAGUUGUUCAGCUGCGAGAUGGAGAACUGCAGCCUGUGUCGCUGUGGCAGCGAGACCGUGCGCGCCUCCUCCACUCUGCUCUUCACGCUCUCCUACCCUGAGGAUAAAACCGGGAAGAACUAUGACUUUGCUCAGGUGCUGAAGCGAAGCAUCUGCCUGGAGCAGAACACACAGGCCUGGUGCGACAACUGUGAAAAGUACCAGCCCACGAUUCAGACCCGCAACAUCCGUCAUCUGCCAGACAUUCUUGUCAUCAAUUGUGAGGUCAACAGCUCCAAAGAGGCCGAUUUCUGGAGAGUGCAGGCUGAGGUUGCCUUCAAGAUGGCAAUGAAGAAGCAUGGUGGGGAAGUCGUCAAGAACAAGGAGUUUGCUCGGGCUGACCGGACACAUCGAUUCCUCUGUGCUGACAGGAAGGAAGUGGGGAGUCCUGAAGGUGCACUGCUCUGUCCCUCCAUGGAGGAGCUGAAGAAUGUCUGGCUUCCUUUCUCCCUUCGCAUGAAGAUGACCAAGAACAAAGGGCUGGAUGUUUGCAAUUGGACUGAUGGGGAGGAGGUGCAGUGGGGCCCAGCCAGGGCAGAGGAGGAGCAUGGUGUCUAUGUGUAUGACCUGAUGGCUACUGUGGUACACAUCCUGGACUCACGCACAGGGGGCAGCCUGGUGGCUCAUAUCAAAGUUGGAGAGACGUACCACCAGCGCAAGGAGGGCGUUACUCACCAGCAGUGGUAUCUCUUCAAUGACUUUCUCAUCGAACCCAUCGAUAAGCAUGAAGCUGUGCAGUUUGACAUGAAUUGGAAAGUACCCGCUAUCCUUUAUUACGUGAAAAGAAAUCUCAAUUCCAGAUAUAACCUGAACAUCAAGAAUCCUAUUGAGGCUAGUGUCCUGCUGGCUGAAGCCUCACUGGCACGGAAGCAGCGGAAGACACAUACUACCUUUAUUCCACUGAUGCUGAACGAAAUGCCACAGGUUGGGGAUCUGGUGGGCCUCGAUGCUGAGUUUGUCACCCUCAAUGAGGAAGAAGCAGAGUUACGCAGUGAUGGCACCAAGUCCACCAUUAAACCUAGCCAGAUGUCAGUGGCAAGGAUCACCUGUGUUCGGGGCCAGGGACCAAACGAGGGUAUCCCCUUCAUUGAUGACUACAUCUCUACCCAGGAGCAGGUCGUGGAUUACUUGACUCAGUACUCGGGGAUAAAGCCAGGAGACCUUGACGCCAAGAUUUCCUCCAAGCACCUCACAACCCUCAAGUCCACCUACUUGAAGCUUCGGUUUCUCAUUGACAUUGGCGUCAAGUUUGUGGGCCAUGGCCUGCAGAAGGACUUCAGGGUCAUCAACCUCAUGGUGCCCAAGGACCAAGUACUUGACACUGUGUACCUGUUCCACAUGCCCCGAAAACGAAUGAUUUCCCUGCGAUUCCUUGCAUGGUACUUUCUGGACCUGAAGAUUCAAGGGGAGACCCAUGACAGUAUUGAGGAUGCCCGCACAGCCCUUCAGCUCUAUCGAAAGUAUCUAGAGCUAAGCAAGAACGGCACUGAGCCUGAAUCCUUCCACAAGGUGCUCAAGGGCCUUUAUGAGAAGGGCCGGAAGAUGGACUGGAAGGUGCCUGAGCCGGAGGGCCAGACAAGUCCCAAGAACACAGCGGUCUUCUCCUCAGUGCUGGCGCUCUGACCUGCCCUCUCCCUCAGUGCCCUGCAGCCCCAGAACUGGGAGAUGGCUUCCCAAGUGGGUCCACCUCCAGAACGGGACCUGCUCAGGCUCCACAGAUGGUGCUAUUAAUAGAACUGGAACUCAGAAAAAUUGAUGCAAAGGUUCUAGGAGCCGGAUUCCUUCUUCAUCCUUUGCAAAACAGCAGGCCAGAUACAAAGUCUAGACCCAGACGGAGAGUGAUUGGCAUUCUUAAUAAAUACCCUGGGUGAUUAGUAUCUAGGCGGAGAAGGUUCUGGGACCAACACUCUCAGCUCCUAGCUGGCUGGGGACUGAAGUACUGGACAGUGACAAGAGGAUAUACUUAGUAGCUCAAGAUUUAGCUCAAGUCUUCAAUUGCUCAGGGGAUGCCUGGAGGGAUCAUCAUGUUGCAGCUUGGCGAAUCAAGAAAACUACAGUUGCCAAUACCGUUGCCAAAAGGGACUUUGUUUCCUGGACAAAGCUUGGCUGCUGGCUUCAUUCCUGCUGACAGCUGAGAAGCAUCUGUCUUCCAUCUUUCCCGUCUCAAGUUUUGUUAUUUUUUAAAAAUUUAUUUUAUGCCGCAUGUUUUAUAAAAUAAAAACGAAAAUAUUG